AUCAAAACUCCAACCGAUCUCAAGACGACGCAAUGGUUCGCUAUUUCUUUCAGAGGCCGCAAACGGAUCCCGACUUUCAAAACUACAACAAACACAGCCGAUGGGCGUUAGGCGACGACUCUGUUCUUGAGGUGAGGCCUAACGACACCUCAGAACUGGUCUCUGAAUUCCAAGCAUUGGAUAUCGAAAACGAUGGCUUUGCGUCGACUAAGAAGAUAUGGGGAAUGGAGGAACACAACCCCCAAAUGAAACACCCCGACGAUCCCAAAGGCCUGUUUCUGGGCGAACCCCAGUGGGGCCGCGACUCGACGUGGAGUACAGGCGGCCAUAACGAGAACGCGUCGGAUCACGCGGUGUCGCAACCAAUUAUGGUUAACUCCCGACGGAGUGGUUCCUAUCCGGGCAGUGAUCAGCCAUUGAUGUUAAGCCCGCGCUCUACUGACACGGGAGGUCUGGGCGUGAAAAUGGUUGAGUACGUGUUGGGCAGUUCGCCCACCGCUAAAGACUUGGACGGAAGAAUGCAUUCGCGACUCAAAGCGAUGGAAAAACAUAAACAGCAGAUGAAAGGCGGUUACGACGAGUCGAAAAUGCAUCACAAGGACCCGCAUAGCAAUGGUAUGACAAACGGGACAAUGGGUUUGGACGACGAAAAUAAGGGGUUUAGCCGAACGCCCGGUUUUAAUCAGUUGGACGACGAAGAUGUCAAAAAUCAAAUGAUAGUCAACGAGAUGUCAAAAAUGAAGGGAAGCGAUGGUAUGCACGUAGGAAUGCCCGGCAAUAUGAUGGCCGGCGGUCACGGCGGGCCCCAACACUUCGACUUCGACCCCAAUAUGAGCAUUAAUGAGAUCCAGUUCGGAGACUAUACCUCCCAAAUGAUCCAUUCGAUCGAUUCGCCCGGAAUUGUUGACUACAACAGCCCUUAUCAGCGGUCGAACCAACAGACGGGCCAAAUGCCGGCUGCAAUGCUCGCCUCUCACGCCCAACAAUUCAAUUUAGCUCAACAACAAAGUCAAGGUAUGCCUCCGCACACCAACCCAGGGAUGGGCGGUCCAAACGGUGCGGGCAAUAAUCCAUUUCCGCCACAAACGCCAUACUACGGCACCGACCCGUUCUCGGCAUCGAUGGGACACAUAAUACCUGCGGGUCCGCCGCCGGCGAUGUUGGCUCAAUACUACGGUAUGCCUCCCUGGGGAAUGUAUCCGGGAAUGAUUCAGUCCAACCAAGUUCAGAGCGGUUCCACCGCACCUCAUAUACAACAACAGCAACAGAUGAUGAGUCGAAGCAACGGCACGCGACCGCUCACACCUCAGGGUCCCAGUGAUAACUCCGGGACUCCACAAGCCAUGCAAGCG